AUGUGGCAGGUCAGUGCCCGCUCCCUGUGCCGGGCCAGCUCCCGCGCCUGGCAGAGGCGGCUGCCCUGGCCCGGCCCCGCGCGUGCAGCCCCACGGAGCCGCGUCCCCACGUGGAGCCCCGGGACAGCCCCCGCUCAGAGACUUUCCUCCAUGGCCCCCUCCAUCCGCCUGUCGCCCGCCGCCCGCAGUCUCUUCGAUCAGCCGCUGGCCAUCGCCGUGCAGGGCCUGGGCCCGCGGCAGCAGGUCACUCUGCGGACGUCCUUGCGGGACGAGACCGGAGAGCUCUUCCAGGCCAGUGCCCUCUACCAGGCGGGCGACGACGGGGAGCUGGACCUCGCCCGCUGUCCUGCGCUGCCGGGAGGCAGCUUCUCCGGCCUGGAGCCCAUGGGGCUGCUCUGGGCUUUGCAGCCCCAGAAGCCUUUCUGGCGGCUGGUAAAGCGGGACGUGCAGAGCCCCUUCCUCCUGCAGCUGGAGGUGUUUGAGGGCCACGGGGAGCGCCACGGGCGGCUCCUGGCCCAGGCGCAGCACGAGCGGGCGUUCCUGCGGGACGGGGUGCGGAGAGUGCCGGUGCGAGAAGGGAGGAUCCGGGCGACGCUUUUCCUGCCCCCCGGAGAAGACACCUUUCCAGGGGUCAUUGAUAUACAUGGACUUGGAGGAGGUCUUUUUGAGCCCAGAGCAAGCCUGCUGGCUAAUCAUGGCUUUGCCACACUCGCCCUGGCUUAUUAUCAAUUUGAGGAUCUGCCCCAGGAACCAAAGGAACUCCACCUGGAAUAUUUUGAAGAGGCAGUGAACUAUAUGCUGCAGCACCCACAGGUGAAGGGUCCAGGGGUUGGCCUGCUUGGUUUCUCCAAAGGAGCCGAAGUGUCCCUUGCCAUGGCUGCCUUCCUGAAGAACAUCUUGGCUGUUGCAUCCCUCAAUGCCCCUGUUGCUGUUACAUUGAUUCCUCUCUCUUACAAAGAUAAAAUCAUCCCCACUGUGACCUUAUAUGAACACAAAGCCAAGGCCACCAAUUCCAAAUUUCUUGAUUAUUCUGAUGUCAUUGAUGAUCCCUUUCAAGCCCCUGGCAACCAAAGCCGGAUCCCACUAGAGAAAGGUGAGGCACAGUUUCUAUUCAUGGUGGGCCAAGAUGACCGUGUUGUCAAAAGUGAGUAUUAUGCUACUGAAGUCUGCAAGCUUCUGCAAGCUCAAGGGAAGGAAAAUUUUCAGAUUCUCUCCUACCCUGGAACAGGGCACUGCAUAGACCCACCCUUUUUCCCUUUGUACCACACAGGAAGCCACCCUGUUUUUCACAAGCAAGCAGUCCUGGGUGGAGAGCUCAGGGCUUAUUCUAAAGCUCAGGUUCAUGCUUGGUCACAGAUCCAGGCAUUUUUCAAAAAGUAUUUAAUUGUUAACUAA